AAGAAGUUGCGCGUUGUCCUCAGAAAGUGAAGAGGUAUACGAGGGAGAAGAAGAAGCAGAAGAAGCAGCAGCGAUCGAGAGAGGGUGCGGCUGCGUUCGUCGAUCGGAGAAGCUCGAGAAAGAGAGAGAGAGAGGGGGGAAAAAUGGCGUUGCAGUGGAUGAUACUGACGUACGUGGUCGCCGCCGAAGCAGCCCUAGCUCUCCUCCUGACCCUCCCUUCCCCGAAGCUCUUGAAAAACCAUCUCGUCUCCCUCGUCUCCCUCAUCCUUCAGCCCGCCCUCUUCGUCGUCCCCUUCGCCGGAUUCCAGCUCCUAGAUAUAUAUUGGAAGAAUGAGCACCGCUUGAUGUGCACCUCUGAGAUCUGCACCGCUUCCGAGAGAGACCGGUACGAGAAAUCGAUCUAUAAAGCUCAAAGGAAUGUGGUUCUAUGUGCUUCAGCUUGCCUUCUUUACUGGUGUAUCUAUCGCAUUUGCAAGUACUACAAAGAAAUUCAGAGGUUGGAGGAAAUAGAGAAGAAAUUCAAGGAUCUGUAAUAUCAUGCGCUUUCUUUAGUUCCUCCAGAUGGUCAACUGAGUUAACUUCUGGAUGAAGUAGCCACUGCCUUUAAAAAUCUCCUCUUGCCGUGACCCGUGUUUAUUUUUUUUUUUUUUUGUAAUCUUUGUGUACUUCCAGUUUCAUACUUGACUUUCAUGGACGUUAAGUUCCUCCAGCUUAGACUAGAUACUCUACCAAUGCAUAUAGCUGUUUGGAUAUAAGAUGCUUAUUUGUUUCUUGCUUU